AACAGCCGUGGCCAGAUGACAUUGAGUUGCUGGUGCGACACCGAUCGCGCAGCGAGCGGAGAGAGGAGUCCGUCCUCCCGCUGCCGUGUGAGCCGCACGGGUCUCUGUCCGCUCCACUCGGGACUUUCCGCUCGGGCGAGGGGAACCAUGGCCGACACAUUCGAUUUUCCUCUUCAUGGGACUUCACUCAACAUUGUGAGACGAUAUGGCCCUCAUCUGAGUGAAAUCCUUCAGAGCAAGUUUGGAUGCGUGGCCACCAUCGACGGUGUGGAUUUCAAAAACGAUCCACACCGGAUGCAAAAUGACAAAGAGAAAAGGUUUGUCGCUGCUCUGCCCGGAGGCGUCCAGGUUUCCGUGUGGAAGGCUGAUCUCGCCAAGUUCCAGGCGGAUGCUGUCGUGAAUGCCGCUAAUGAACAGCUCCAGCAUUAUGGCGGCCUGGCUCUAGCUCUGUCCAUGGCCGGUGGUCUGACUAUCCAGAGCGAGAGUUCUGAUUACAUAUCUAAGCACGGUGCCGUGACAACAGGAGAAGCAAUUGUCCUGAAUGCCGGGGCCCUACCAUGCAAGAAGAUCAUUCAUGCAGUGGGCCCAUUUAUGUCGAGUAAUGCCCCUGACUCUGAGCUUGUGAAGGCCAGACAUCGCUUAGAGCAGGUCGUUCGUAGCAUUCUCGAACGAGUUAAGGAGAACCGCCUGCAGUCUGUUGCCAUUCCUGCCAUCAGCUCUGGUCUGUUCAACUAUCCCCUGGCAGAUUGUGCAAACACCAUCGUGACAAGUGUUCUACGCUACUAUGAACACACUCGCUCUCCAGCACAUCUCCCCAAAGAGAUCUUCUUUGUGAACAUCGACCAACGCACGGUGGAUGCAAUGGAGCGGGCCUGCCGUCGAAUAUUAGGCAAUAGCCCGAGCGGAGGCAAAGCAUCCGCAACCUCAGCACCUGUUGUCCAGCUUGGAGAUGUGCUAGUGAUGCUGAAGAGGGGUCACAUUCAGGAACAGCAGACAGAUGUCAUUGUAAACAGCACAUCAAGAAACCGAGACUUGAACGUUGGUCUAAUCUCCUCCGCUUUGUUGAUGAAAGCCGGCUCUAGACUGCAGGACGAACUUUGGUCUGCUCCAUAUAGUGAAUUCGUCAUCCCAACAAAAGGCUACAAGCUGCAAUGUAAGCAGGUGUUUCAUGUUAUCUGCCCUGGAAAGGAGAACUACUCCGCAAAGCAGAUUCUAUACAAAUUAGUUUUGCAAUGCUUGCGGAUGGCAGCCGCACAGAAGUACAAGUCCAUCUCUUUUCCCGCCAUCGGCACCGGUAAUCUCGGGUUCGAUAGAAGGGACUCUGCCUGCAUCAUGCACAGCGCAGUGGCAGAAUUCUCCCAGAGUUUUAAAGGAAAGAUGGAAGUUUAUUUCGUCAUAUUUCCUUCGGAUGACGAUAUAUUCAAGGCUUUCGAGGAGCUAAUGCCACCUCCCAAACAGAAGGCAUCUUAUCCCGGCUCUACACGAGGUAACAACACAGCGGACUCGUCUCCACCAGCGGCCGAGCGCGGGGAUGGUUUCCGUGGCGACAACGAGCGUAGCCCACGCAUCAGCCUGUACAGCCCUCGGUAUGAAGCGAGGUCCGAGGCCCGGCGGUGGCUCUCGGGCCUUCUCUGCACAUCCUCUGGCCCCGUCGUCAUCCGCAAUAACUUCAUCCAGCACUUCGGCGAGUCGAAGCAUCAGCAGCUGUCCAGGCUCACCGGCGUCACCGUCAACGAGUUCAUCGAGAAAGGUCGCGCGCACCUGAAUGUGAGCGGGCAGUCGGUCGAGGACGUCGCGGUUGCUGUGUUGGAGGUGGAGGCCAUGCUCUGCGACGUCCAGAGGGAGUUUGUGAUGGAGGAGAAGAGCUUCAUGCACGACGUCACGACUGAGAGGCUGUUCUCUAACAGGAAGCUGGUCGACAAAGCAAGUCCAGAGUUCAAGAAGAGAUCUGCUUCCUACAGAGACCACAACCUGCUCUUAGUCAAGAUGGAAAGGGUGGAGAACCCAACACUGGAGACUCUCUUUGACCUCAAGAGAGCGCAGCUUCACUGCACAACUCCUCCCCAACAAAUGUUCCAACGCAUACCUGCACACUUCUGUGAGAUGGUCAGCCAGGUUGGAUUCCAUGCCGAGUUUGCGCCCCCCAAGGAGCCAGCUUACGGGGCGGGCAUCUACUUUGCUCGCACCGCGAAGAAGGCCUUGGAAGUGUGGAAGUGGCCGAAGGAGGAAAAUGAGGAGUACGUGUACUUCGUGGAGGCCGAGGUGCUGACAGGAAACUCCACCCGUGGGGAAGAAGGUCUCAUUCUCCCGCCUGCUGUGGGGGCGGAUCCGAACGUUCGCUUCGACAGUGUGAGCGGACCCGACGUCGCCGUCAUAUUUAGUGGUUACCAAGCUCGACCCAAGUACAUUAUCACCUGUAGUGUGUGAUUUCUUUGGCUUCUGUUGUAGGGAACACAUGUAUUAUUGGGGACACAGAGAUUGUUCUACAUACAAAGGGUAUAAUUGACUCAUGUAUUAGAAAACAAAGUGAGCUUACUCUUGGAAUCAUAAUGGCAGUUCAGACAAUAAGUAAAAAAGCUUAUAUUCAGUUAAUGAAAGUAAUUGCUUUGAGUUCCCUAUUUUUUCAUUCCAGUUUCUUUUUAAAUGUAUACAUUGGUAGCACAAUCAUUUCUAUACCAUGUAUUGUACUUUAAAAAUCACCUUGUCGCAACAAUAUUGUUUUAUAGUUUUAACACUGAGUGCUGUGAGGCACCACGUGAUAUAUGCAAUUAUCAUUAGAGGAACAUAUUUGUGAUUGUACGGUUUAUAUAACUUCCUAACGCAAUGGAUAUGUGCUGAUCUCAUUUGGAUGUCCUUGAGGGUAGCAGGUUAAGCGUUUCUGAUGCUGGAAUAAAAUAAUAAGAUUAA